AUGCGGGGUUGCAAAGCUACUGGGCGAGAUGUAGAAGCGAGAUCGGACCAUGACAUAGCCGAUGGAUCCAUGACAUGUAAUGCAACGACAGCUGCCUUUUUGAGAGCUGAAGAUCAAGAUCUAUCGCAGGUUUACAAGAGAGCGGAAGACGAGGAUCUCUCUCAAGUAUACAAGCGUGCUGAAGAUGAGGAUCUUUCCCAAGUCUACUAG